AUGCAUUUGGAAGAGUUGCAAGCUAAGGAUGCUCGAUUGGCUAAAAAUGAAACUUUGUUAUGGAAAAACCAUACUGAACACUUUACAGAAUGGCUUAAAAAUAAGAUUCAUUUAGACUCAAAAGAUAGUCAUUCUAAGGAGAUAAGGUGGUUGGCAUUUGGACCAAGAAAUGUUGCUUUAGCACAUAAAGGAUUCAUCAUCAAUGGCCAACGGUUUCAUACUGAUGCGGUCAAGCUGAAGACACAAAACAGUGGAGUAACUUAUGAAGCCUUUAGCAUGUGUAGAUCAAGUGCAAGAGAUAUGAGACAGGUCGCGGAUAUGAUUACAUACUAUGGAGUGAUAAAGGAGAUUUUGGUCAUCGACUAUCACAUGUUCAAAGUGCCACUCUUUAGAUGCAACUGGGCAAACACAGCGAAUGGUGUGAAGGAAGAAGAUGGCUUCACUCUUGUUAACCUUCAUAUGAACCAAGCAGCCUAUUUGAAAGAUCCAUUCAUUCUACCUUCUCAAGCGAAACAGGUUUUCUACUCUAGGGAUGAUGAUGCUUCAAAUUGGUAUGUUGUUAUGAGAGCACCACCUAGAGGUUAUCAUGAGUUGGAAACAGAAGAGGAUUUUGGUGGUGCUCCUUGACCUGUCCAAGAAGUUGAUGAUAUGGGUGAUGAUAUGGAUGAUGAUAGUGUAUAUGUUAGGGAUGAUUGUGAAGGUUUAUUAGUGGUAGAUUGAUGAUAUGUUGUAUGCUUGUGUGAUGGUUUGUAUGAAUGUGAUAAUGUUGUG